UGUGUGUGUGUGUGUGUGUGUGUGUGUGUGUGUGUGUGUGUAGGCCAACAGAGGAGCCAACGACAUGGGGUGGAUACAUUGGGAAGGUCCUGAUGGCGUCGACCACCUACCUGCCCUCUCAGGUGACAGAGAUGUUCACUCAGGGACGAGCCUUCGCCACCGUACGACUGCCCUUCUCUGGACACAAGAACAUCUGUGCUCUGGCCCUGAUCCAAAAGAUUCCUCGUCUCCUGGUAGCAGCAGCUGAUGGAUAUCUGUACCUCUAUAACCUGGACCCACAGGAGGGGGGAGAGUGUACCCUGAUGAAACAACACAGGUUAGACGGCAGUGCUGAGCCGCCCAAUGAGAUCCUGGAACAGGGGUCACAUGACCGACCCCUUACUGCACAGACCUACAACACUGCUGGGAUGAAAGGUUACUGUGAGGAGGCGGGUGCAGUGGGAGGGGCGGGACUAGAGGAUGACCUCAGCGAUCUGCGAUUGGACGAUGAGAAUGAAGAGCAGCCGCCACUCAUCCUGGAGACGGACUGACUGACAGCUACAGCAACCAAUCAGAGAGCCCCUCUGGUGCUGCUAGGAACAUGUAACAUGGAGGGUGGGAUUAAAAACUCUCAGCGUUCAACAGCGCCUCUGUCUGUCUGUCUGUGGAUAUAUACAUGUUUCUCCCUCCCCCUCUGUCUCCCUCCCUCCCCCUCUGUCUCCCUCCCUCCCCCUCUGCCUCCCUCCCCCUCUGUCUCCCUCCCUCUGUCUC